AUGGUGACUGAAAUAAUUAAGGGGACCUUAGGUGAUACCUCAUUUACCUCUUCAAGAAAAGAUGAUCUUCUCAAGGACCCCAUCAAGACAAGCCAGUCCUCCGCCACCUCCUCACAUCAGCACCCCCGGACGCCCCAAGGUCCUCGCCUCCGCUCCAGCACCGCCGCCGCCGUGACCGCGUCCCCUUCGCAGGUGCGCCAGAACUACAAUCAGGACUCGGAGGCCGCCAUCCACCGCCAGAUCAACCUGGAGCUCUACGCCUCCUACGUCUUCCUGUCCAUGUCUUACUACUUCGACCGUGAUGAUGUGGGUUUGAAGAAUUUUGCCAAAUAUUUUCUCCACCAAUCCCAUGAGGAGAGGAAACACACUGAGAAACUGAUGAAACUGCAGAACCAGCGAGGCGGCCGCAUUUUCCUUCAGGACAUCAAGAAACCAGACCGGGAUGACUGGGAGAGCGGGCUGAACGCCAUGGAGUGUGCGCUGCACUUGGAGAAAAGUGUGAAUCAGUCCCUACUGGAACUGCACAAAUUGGCCACUGACAAGAACGGCCCUCAUUUGUGUGACUUCAUUGAGACACAUUACCUGGAUGAGCAGGUGAAAUCCAUCAAACAACUGGGUGACUACGUAACCAACUUGCGCAAGACGGGCGCCCCGGAUUCGGGCCUGGCCGAGUACCUCUUGGACAAACACACCCUGGGAGACAGUGAUGGCGAGAGCUGA